GAUGGAAUGUCACCACUUGCUGUGUAUGCCGCCAUCCUGCUGCUCGCGUUGGCGGCGGGCGGCGCCGAGGCCCAGGACGUGGGCUCAACCAUCACGCAGGCCAUGUUCGAGAGCAUGCUGCCCAACCGCGACCCCUUCUAUACGUACGACGCCUUCAUCACCGCCGCCAAAACCUUCCCGGAUUUCGGCACCACCGGCCAACUUAUGAAGCGCGAGCUCGCAGCCUUCUUCGGCCAGACCUCGCACGAGACCACCGGCGGAGGCUCACAAGGGGGAUACAAGUUCAUAGAGGAGAUAAACAAGAACGAUCCACUCUACUACGGACGGGGACCGAUUCAGUUGACAGGGCAGUCCAACUACAGGGCCGCCGGGGCCGCACUGAACCAGCCCCUGGAGAGCAACCUGGAGAUAGUGGCCAACAACCCGGUGGUCUCCUUCCAGACGGCCCUCUGGUACUGGAUGACGGCGCAGUCGCCCAAGCCGUCCUGCCACGACGUCAUCCUCGGCAACUGGACGCCCACGGACGCCGACAACGCCGCCGGCCGGCUGCCCGGCUACGGCGUCAUCACAAACAUCAUCAACGGCGGGGUCGAGUGCGGCAUGGGCCAGAUGCCAAACGACCCCAACGCGGACCGCAUCGCCUACUACAAGCGCUACUGCGACAUGCUCGACACCACCUACGGCGACAACCUCGAUUGCUACUCCCAGAAGAAUUUCGCUGCCUAGUUUUACUAUUGAGCUUAGCUUACCACAUCGCAGUGUACGCAAUUAAAUUCUAUGUCUUUCCAUUAUGACUAAUAAGUGGCAUACGCCAUCGUG